GGAAAGUGUCGGGUUAUUAUACCCUGGAGUAUAUAAAGCUGUAACUAGAAAAGGUAGCGGUUCAGUUUGUGGUUGAAUGCCACGCUAAAACACGCGCGAGCUGUACAAUGUAUUUUAAGAUUCACAUCGUUCUUCUGGCGCUGCUGAUCAGUUUGGUCAGCAGUUCAAUUGAGGAGAAAAAAUCCUCAGAGACAAAUGUCGAACGAAAAACAGAAAAACGAGGCCUCAGCCACUCGUACGGUGACUUUGGCGGUGGCGGCGGCGGUGGUGGUGAUGACUCCAUUGGUGAUGCUCAUUCAUCAUACGAUCAUCAUGAACACGUGAAAACCGUGACAGUUGAGAAAAAAGUUCCCGUACCCUACGAAGUCACCAAACACGUCCCCUAUAUUGUUGAAAAACACGUACCCUACGAAGUCAAAGUCAAAGUACCACAACCCUAUACCGUUGAGAAACAUGUACCCUAUCCAGUCAAGGUAUUUGUCAAAGUACCAAUACACGUACCACAACCCUAUACAGUUGAGAAAAAAGUCCCCUACGAAGUGAAAGUACCUGUCGAUAAACCCUACGAGGUAAAAGUCCUUGUUCCACAACCCUACACUGUCGAGAAACAUGUUCCAGUUCCAGUCAAAGUCCCCGUUCCACAACCCUAUACCGUUGAAAAACAUGUACCAUAUCCAGUGAAGGUGAAAAUUCCCGUUCCACAGCCUUACACUGUUGAGAAACAUAUACCCUAUGAGGUGAAAGUUCCUGUUGAUAAACCAUAUCCGGUUCAUGUACCAAAACCCUAUCCAGUCACUGUGGAGAAACAUUAUCCUGUAACAGUUGAAAAACCAGUGCCCUAUGAGGUGAAAGUACCAGUGGAAAAACCAUAUCCAGUUCCCGUUGAGAAACCCUAUCCAGUUCAUGUUAAAGUACCAGUACCAAAACCCUAUACUGUCUAUAAACAUGUUCCCUAUUCAGUUGAGAAACCUGUACCCUAUCCAGUUAAAGUUCCCGUUGAUAAACCCUAUAUUGUUGAGAAAAUUGAACAUAUUCCUGUUGAAAAACCAGUACCCUAUCCCGUUAAGGUUCCAGUUCCAGUUCACGUUCAUCAUGAACAUCAUCAUGGUCAUGGUGAUGAGGGAGGAAUUGAAAGCAACGGUGGUUACGGUGAAUACUCUCAUCAUGGUUGACAAAAUUUAGAAACACAAUUUUAGAAACAACUAUUUUUUUUUAAUAUCUAAAUUUCCUCAUUGGUCCAAUAAAUUUGUAAUUUCGAAAAGGGAUCAACUUUAAAAAUCAUAAAGAAUUAUUUUCACUAUCAAUUUUGUUAUGCGAAAAUGACCCUUUUUUGAAAUUCACGAUUGUAUAUGAUAUAGUUUUGAAAAAAGUUCAAUUUUACAGAAACAAAUUUAGAGGGAAAAAAUAAAUUUCAAUGAUAAUUGUAAUUGUACAGCUCUGUUAAAGUCGUCAAGUGGAGGGCGGCCAUUUUGUUGACGCAUGCGCCAAAUACUCAAAUUAUCAACCGACCAAUGAUUAUUAAUCAGUUAUAGUUAAAAUGGAAAAUUUUGUCAUAAAAUACUGAAACAAAAAUUUCAUGAUAGAAGUGAUAAAACACGUUUGUGAUAUAUAUGUGUUUUUAUUCGCGGAUAUAUAAAUUAAUAUUUUCAGUGACGAAAGGGGAUUUAAAUAUCCGCUUGAAUUAUUUAAAUGCGAUUUUUGAACAAUAAACAAAAUUUAGAAUUUAAUUUAAUUUCAAAAAAAAAAAAAUAAAUAAAUAAUUUCCAUAAUUUUUUUUUUUUUUUUGCUAUAAAGUAAAAUUAUUUUUCUAAUAAAAUCAGUAAUUUUUAUUUAAAAAUUUGUAAAAAAAAAAAAGAAAAGGAAAACAGCCUUAUUUAUGGAAAAAAUUUUGUCACAAUCACGUUAUAAUGUUUUGUAAAUUCGACGAUUUCUCUUUGCUUUGCUUUAAAGGUAAAGGAAAUUCAAGACAACUAUACUAUAACGAUGGAUAGAUUCAAUCUCAAGUUACGCUCGGUGAAACUCGCUAAUAAUUUUAUUUUGUAUUUAUUGUUUUUUUUUUUUUGCAAAUUUGCAUAUAAAGAAGCACGAAAAACUGCCACGUCAGAAAAACAAAAACAAAAGCAUGUCACUUUUUUUUUAUAUAUAUAAUGUAGAUAAAUAAAAAAAUAUUUUUAUAAAAAAAAA